AUGGUAUCAUCAUUUUACGUAUUACGGCAGCUGUUGAAGACUCCUCAAAUGCAUCCUCAAAAAAUUACUGGUGUACUUAAUGAUCAAGCAUGGGCGCACAACGAAUUGGUCGAACAUGUCGAACAUAUAGCGUAUCACCUGCACCGUUUAAAUGUCGUUCAAGGGCAAAUUGUUUAUCAGUUUGUAGAAAGAAGUUUAGAGAUGAUUGCUCGUUUUUAUGAUAUAUUGUAUGCCAGUGGUGUGUACUGUACUAUAAAUCCAACAGAACCAUCUGAUCAGCUUGCUGCACUUUCUGAACAGCUAAAAGGCGAAGAGGCAAAGCCACAACAAUCGGCCCAAUUUAUGAGCUUUUUAAAUUCGUCCAAUACUCGAAUUUUUGCUCAGUAUGGUAUGCCUGAGUGCAAUAGUGCACUUGGGUGUCAUCUGUUAGAUGUUACCGAUACAGUUAUUCCUCUCGGUUAUCCGUUACCAGGCAUACAUUGUUCGGUCGCCAAUGAACAGGAUGAAAUGAUUAAUAGUCAUAUAGGCAACCCAAGUAAUAUUGGUGGAAUUCAUAGUGGAGGUCAGUUUUAUUCAUUUCAAUAA